AUGUGGGCGCUGGGUCGUAUCCUGGUGUUGCUGCGGAGGAGCGAGACACUCGAGGCGGAUGCAAUUGCCUGGAAAGAAGGCACGCAGAUGAAAAGGCUCAGCAAAGAGCGCUGCAAAGAUGCAGCGUGUUCGUGGGUAAAGCUUCUGAGUGAUGACGGCGUGCAAAGCAGCAGUGGGGAACUACAUCGGGACGGUCUGCAAGCCAGCUGCCAGCUCUGCGCCCGACACCAAGAGAGCUACGCUCUUUCGAAAACUCGAAGGGCGUGCUCGGUCGAGGGCUGUGAAAAGGUUGCCCAAACCGUAAAGGGGGGGGACAAGCUUUGCAGACUACACGCCAGCAAAGAGGAGCGGGGCCCUGCCGUCAAACCGGGCAAUUUCGCUUCCCGGUCUCAAGGUCUUCCGGAAGCCAGAAAGAGGUCCAUCAGUCGUGGCGCGGAGCGCGCCCGACCACACUCACAGGAUGCGACGCCCAAACCCAGCACUCAGACGGAGGCAGCAGAACUCCGUGGGAUUUCCUCUCCCCCGCGUUUGGAUGGGGCCACCUCCGCGGCGUCCCUCCCCGGGGUAGAUGCCUCGGUCGAGGAUCAGGUACUCUCAGGGCUGACCUGGGAGGAGAUCGCCGGGAUACCUGAUGAGGAUCUCCGCAAGAGGGCUAUAUUUCUUAAGCAGAAGGGCACGAUGCCCGGCCCAACGUCCAGCGGACCGAGCAGAAGCACCCCCAGGACCGAGGAACCGGACGAAAAUCAAGCUCUGUUUGCGUACUUGGAAGCGAGGCUCCAAGGGAAGGGCCACGACUCAGCGGUCGAGGUUUCCGCGGUGGGCGGCCGGACCCCGUCGGAGAGACAACAACGCCUCCGGGAUCUUGCGCGGAGGCAUUGCUUGCGACUUACCAGUGAGCUACCAGCCGAAGCCGGCAAGUUUGUUUGGGAACUCGCCCAACCGCAAGCCUCACCAGAAGAGCAGCCGGGGGGUAGGUUUUACCCGUGGUCCGCUUCGGACCCGGGUCCUCCCCCUUACCACCAGAGCCGGGCAAGUCCGUGGGCUGCUUCAGCCCCAGAUCGUCCGUGGGCUGCUUCAGCCCCGGAUCACCGCCCGACGGCUCAGGCACUUUUCAGGUCCAGUCCAGGAUCAGGGGGACCUGGAGGUAGGACCGACGCGGUCGACGCGUUGGCCCAGGCCACAAGGGCUUUCCGAGCGGGAGCCUUUACUGAUGCGGAGGCACCUGCCGCGGAUGAGACAACCAAAGCGCUCCAGGCGAUAGCCAAAAGCCUGACCGCAAAGGAAGACUCCCUUGCGCAGGAACGAGGCAAGUUGGCGUCAAUCGGUCGCCUUGAAGAAAGGCUAGUUUUCCUGCUCCGGGGCUGUGACACUUUGAGCGUCACUCUGUGCCCGGGCGUGGUGGGCAAGGAACUCUUCCAUGCGCUUCGCAUUGCCGGGACACAGGCAAGACCGCAGCUGCGGAAGAUCGAGUUCCCAUGCAACAUUCAGAACCGGCACAGCUACGGGUUUGCGGCACUGCAGAUGGGCGGGAAAACGCUCAGUACCCUGCCUGAGUACUGCCUCUCAGCGGGAGAUUUCCCGCUCAUCUCGGAAGAAGAUUUCGAUAACUACGGGGGCUCGCCAGAUCUCAAACUUGAACGUAAGGGCAGAUACCCUAACACGUUGACCUCCUGGUUCAGAGCCGCCCUCCGCCAGUCCUGGGCCUUCGCCUGGGAGCAACACGGCUAUGCCUGGCCAGCUUCGGCAGUAUACGGUGCGUGGGAAGAGCUUUGGGCCCGAUUCUGCGAGGAGGCUCGUGAGUUGGAUCGUCGUAUCCGCAGAGCCAUGCAGGAUGAGACUCCUACGUUCGCCAGGCUAAAGUUUUUCGCCCUGUCGCCUGGUCCAGACGGACAGCCCUGGCUCCAACUUCCAGGCACCUUUCGCCUCGACGAUGAUACCCAAUACUUCUGCACCGACAUGUUGCCGCGCAUGCAACGCCAGCUCUCACGUGCGUGUUGGGCCGGCGCGCAGAAGAAGAGCAGCGCCGGAGGCAGAGCUGCGGGGGAGGGGGACAACACCGAGGCUCGAACCGAGCCCGGUGCACCUCUCCCGUCCAAGGGUGGUCGGGCAGGUGGCGAAGCGGCGGACAAAGCCGCGCCACCGAAACUUCUAGGCCCUAGCCUCACGCCCAAGGAGGCAGCCAGGUCCCUGGACCACCGGCCGAAAGACCAACAAGGCCAAUACCUGUGUUGGGACUUCUUGACGCAUCGCGGAUGCAACAAGGGCAACGGCUGCCCCCACUCGCACAAGGCUGCCCCGAAGUGGACCAUGCUGGAUUAUACGGUCCAGCUCCAGUUGCUGCGCCGAGGGGGCCUGAAGGGCGCUAAGGCCAGAACAGCGGACGAGGUCGACCGAGAGUUUACCCGAGUUCGGGCAGAGCAGGCAGCUAAGACCGCAGCCGCCAAGCAAGAAGGCAUCGCUGCUGCAAAGGCCAAGGCUUCAGCCACCCAGAGGACCGGCCAAGCCGCGAGCGCGAGCAAUGCUGACCGCACUUCUCGGGCGGGGCAGCGCGUCCCGGAGCCGGCCGGGCAUGUGGUCGCCGAUUUGGAUGAUGUCCUACCUACCGACCGGGAGGAGACCCUUGGAGCGCUGCUCAAAAAUGAGGGCAACAACUGGUGGAAGGACGUUGACGCCGCUGCCGCUACCCUUACCUGCCCUAGCUCGGCAUUUGAGGGUUUGGCCCGAGCGGAGGCUAUGCAGGCUGUUGACGCGGCUGAACCCGCCUUGCCCCACCGGCUUGGUGGGCGUCUACUUACGCAACCGCCUUCGGGCCACGCCCCUGAGCUCGACGACGUCACGCAGCUGUUGGAGGAAGCCGUAUCCCUGGGCGGACCGGAGCUUUCGGAAGAGGCGGCACACCUCCUCGAGGAGCGGGGCUUGCAGCUCUCGGGCCUUACCUGGAACUCCUCCAUCGGGGCUGGCACACUCACCUGGAAGGGCGUCGGUCAUUGGGCCAUGUACGAUUACCAGGACCAGCUCCCACUCUCACCGGAGGCUUGUGAGCGUAUGGGGUUUGCCGACGUCCGCGACGAGCCUAAGCAGUGCUUGUUGCUUCACGUCGCCGCUGCGUAUCUUGGUAAAUCGGGCCAGCCCCUCCCGACGCCUGAGUCAGUUUGGGCUCUCGCCGCUGAGUGGCGGGUGCGGUGGUGCUCGCAGGCGCGCGUCGCUGAGGACUCCCUGGGGCCAGCGCCUGAGCGGCUCACGCAGGCCGAAGCCGAUGUCCGGGUGUUCCACCACGACCUUCUCCAUUUUGGGCAUGAUCGGGACUAUCGGACUUUGGUGGCGCACCCUUUUGAGGAGUGGGAUUGUUUGGGGCUGGCCGUCCUGCGCUUGGAUGCAUAUAUGCGCCCUAGCGUUGAGGUCGUUUGCGGUAGCCGAUACAGCGGCAAGGCGGAGGAUACGGUGGGUGCUAGUGCACCGUGGCCAUAUGCGUACCUUGAGGAAGCCAAGGUUCUCCGCUACUUGACGCCGGGCGCCUCCUGCAGUGCCAGGUCUGUCACCCUAAGCGUGUUUGGGCUGCAGGUUCUCCGCGCGGGUGGCGGCCACCCUGUCGAGGCCCGUACCGGGCCCGCCUUGGGUGCCGCCGCCCCCGCCGCUCCGACCUCGUCCGCCGACUGGGGGGGUCUCUUGCCUUUAGCUGCUCCCGGCCGCGUUGCCGACGGGUCCACCCGCCGACGAGUGGUCCUCCGCUUUGCGGUUGGCCGCCGCCCAGUUGCAGACGGGCGGGCGUUGCGUGCUGGAGGCUCCGAGUGGCACGACACGUCCUCCUUCCGGUCGCUCGCUCUAAUGGACGACUCGGUGGUGAUCGAACCUGACUUGGGCCUACGCCCCCAACUGUCGGUCCAUGCUCUGGAAGAAGCGAUCCGGCAAACUCUGGGGCCUCUGGCCAUCAACGCGGCCAAGGAUGUCGAAGAGGGCGCCCUUAGCACAAGGAAGUUGAUUUGGGGCCUCGAGUUCGACACUGAAGCCGGAACUUGUCGGCUCCCGCCACUUAAGGUUGAACGCGCCUACCACGUUCUCCAGUCCCCGCACUUCGACGCCGGUCAGACCAAGGUGUCCUACCACAACUUGCCCCAUACCUCCAGAGCACCAAUGCGCUUUUGGGGCCAGCUGACCGAGAGGGCCACGUUGUCUUACGCGGGAACGAGGCUGAGCAGUCCGCACACCCAGGAAGCAGCACCAGCAGCGGAGCAGGCUGCGCCUGGGGACCAGGAGGCCGUCAAGUACGAGGCUCCCGGGGAUGAGGAGGAGACCCUGGCAGGAGCGAGCGAGGCACCGCAGGGAGGGAGCGCCUCGGCGCCUGCCGCGCCCGGCGAAGGCGACACCCAGGCAAUCUGGGGCCCGAAGGUUGAGGAAGGGGGCCCCCUGCAGCCUCUUGUCGACGCUGCCCAGGCGUUGGGUGAGGUGGCGUUGGCAGAGCCGGAAGCCAUCGCGCUUAAAGUCGACCCGGACACGUUGACGGCAGAAAUCGCCAAGCUGUCGCUGGAAGAUGAAGACCCGGAUUGGUCCGGCGACGAGGCCGAAAUCCAGGUGACCACCGCUUUGCCGGGCGAAGCUGCGUCCAGCUCCUCCAAGCAAGAGGAAGGCGUCGGGACCAAGAAGGAAAUCGAGCACGACGAGACGGAGGAACCUGCCCCACGCCGCCGCAAAGUGGUAUUGGCUACGGGCCAGUUGUCGCUCCUCAGGGCCCUGGCCGCUGCCAACGCGUCCAACUGGUCCGGGGUUCAGCAAGCCCUCAGGGAAGCCCAAGGUUCGGGAGAAGAAAAGAGCGAGCUCGUCGAGAACCUUACGUCUCUUGCGCAAGCGUUCUCCAAGAACCGCGACGCCUGCGCGCAGGCGGCAACCUCGAGGGCGGCCGCCCUCGCAGAGCUCGAGGGCUGCGUACUUCGCGGCACUCCCACCGGCCUUGGCGGAGUUGGAACGAAAAAACCCCGUGAGGCCCAGCAUGGUGCCGGCGCAGGGGCUCAGCACCUGGUCCGCGACCAGGCCGAUGCCGCCACUCACCUCAACUUUCAAAUGAAUGAGGCGGUAAAGGAUAGCUUACGGCGCUUCCAAGAGGAGCUGCGCUCUGGGGAGCUGGACACCCCGAUGCGAGCCGCGGUAGCUCAGAAGCGCAAACCUGAGUCCGAGCGCAGGCGCCGCAUCAAGUGGGCUAAGUCUUGCGAGAAACAGGGUAAGACCCGCAAGUACGACCCUACUGAGAGUGAGCAGAACCACCCCUAUGCUCACUCUGAAUCGCUUCACCUCGAGAGGGCCAGGCCCGGCAGGUGCCCGACGGGAGAAUCGGGGGAUCCAUGGUACUGCGGGGAAUGGCAGCCGCUUGCAAGCGCGCAGCCUGGGCCCACCAGUCCUUCUCUCUGGGACAAGGGAGGGGAAGAACCGGCGGCCCCGCACCCACUCAGCAAGCCUCCCCUCACCCGACCGUGGAUAGCAGCCACGCGAGUCCUCGGGCUACUUGCCCUCGCUCUGCUCCCCGUCCUGGCAAAUGCUGCCGAAAGGGACCUUGUGGAAGAAGGAGAGGACUGGGGUCUAUGGACCAGCAGGUUCCUCACCGCAGGCUGCCUCUACCUUGCCUGGCGCAUGACUUUGGGCUGGGGCGUCGAGACGAAAGAGGUCGCCUGCCAAACUACCCAAGGGCAUCCGCCGGCAGCUGACCACGUGCGAGUGAUGCCUGCCGGCGAGUGCUUCCACGCGGAGCAUUCCGGGCACUUGAGGGCGAGGAAGAGCCGAGCAUACCGACCUGCUUGGACUGCUCCCCGCUUGAGCCCCGCGUUACCCCGCAACCGACAACAGGGCAGACCCCUGCGGCCGGACGUCUGGGGGCUAACUCUGCGAGAUUCGUCAGGGUGA